GACACACCCAUUUUACGUCUCUGUCUGAAACCACUUUUGUUUGUUUGCUUCUUUCUUUCUGUGAAUUGGAAUGUGUGCAAAGCAUUAUGGGUGACUGGAGGAUGCAAAAGAUACAGUUAAAUGCAUCCUUCAGAAAUACACCACACGAAAGCUACAAAACAAAAGUUGCCUUUCAAUGAUCAUUCAAAAGUUGAUCCACUUGAUGACUUGGCAGCUAAGAUAUACAAUAUUUUAGCAUUAUGUUUGAGAAUCACCCAAAAUGUGCAAGUGAGAACAAAUCAUUUAUCUGACAUGACUUGUGUAACAUGAAUUUUAUCACACAUACUGUGUAAUAGGAUGGUAUUUAGCAUAUGUUCAUUCUUUGUACUGCCAGAGGACGCCAAGUUCCCUAACCUGAAGUUUUUUUUUUUCUUUCACAACCUACAUUUUUUUUUUUUUUUUCCUUUGCCACAGUUGGCUGCUCACUGGUGCUUUCAGACAUUAAGGCAGAAUUUUCUCUAUAGAUGCUUUGAAACAACAUAGAUUAUUCAAAGCACAACAUUUUUGGAAAUGAACAUUGAUGCUAUUUAAACUCAAGGUCAAAUGUGUUUCACCAUUGUUUUUUUCAGUGGUUUUUGAGUCACAAACUCUGUUUGGCUCGGUCAGCACAAAAGAUGUUGAACUAAUGCACAGUUGACGUAACAUCAGCUUUUAGACCGUUUUAAACUUCUCCUUAUGUCUGCAUGGCAUAGCAGGAAACAAAAAGCAGAAGGGAGAAAGUAAGAUUCAUUUCCUUUCAGAAAGGCCCUAAAAUCGAGCUUGUUUCCUAAAACCAUGUGACUCUAGACUUAUUUUGAGUAAAACUCAUCACAUUUCAUCCCGGCGUCCUGUUGAGAAAUUGUACAUCUAUGGAGCUCACAACAGCGCUGGCACUUGUCACUUACUCCAACCAGACCGUCAGGAACGAGUCGUCUGUGGCCUGCUCGCGCGAUAGCGCUCUGAAGACAACCGUGUUCCCUCUUCUCUACACCGUCCUUUUCAUCCUGGGCUUGUCGCUGAACAGCCUGGCAGCAUGGGUGUUCCUCCGAAUCCCCAGUAAAUCUCACUUCAUCAUCUAUCUGAAGAACAUCGUGGUGGCCGACAUUAUCAUGACCCUCACCUUCCCCUUCAAGAUCCUCGCUGAUGCGAACUUGGCAUCUGUCGGCGAGCGUGUGUUCGUCUGCCGCGUGUCAUCCGUGCUCUUCUACCUCACCAUGUACAUCAGCAUCCUCUUCUUCGGCUUGAUCAGCAUCGACCGCUGCAGAAAGACCAUGUGGCCCUUUGUGGGCACCAGCCCUAGACGGCUGCUGCACAGAAAGCUCCUCUCGGGCUUCAUCUGGACGUCACUCUUGGCUCUUUCGCUGCCCAACGUAAUCCUGACGAGCCGGCCCAACACUUCGAGCCGCUUUAAAUGCAGUGACCUCAAGACAGAGAUGGGACUGAAGUGGCACGAGCUGGUCAAUCACGUGUGCCAGGUGAUCUUUUGGGGGAACCUCGUGACCGUGAUAGUAUGCUACACGCUCAUCUCGAAAGAGCUCUACAAGUCUUACGCCCGCACACGAGCUCAACACCAGGCAAGGCCGGGAACGAACGCCCCUCAGAAAAAGAGCAUUCAAGCCAAUGUGUUCCUGGUGUUGGCGGUCUUCUUUGUUUGCUUCGUUCCUUUCCACUUCGCCCGAGUGCCGUACACCAUCAGCCAGACCCGAGGACGCAUGUUCAAUUGCCAGCAGAAGCUGUUUUUCUUCCAGCUGAAGGAGAGCACGCUGUGGCUUUCCUCACUUAACUCUGUGCUGGAUCCGCUCAUCUACUUCUUCCUCUGCAAGUCGUUCAGGAGCUCGCUGUUUAACACCUUGCGUCUGUCUCCGGGCCACUGCAGGGCGCUCAGGGAGCUCGGGUCAGACACGGCCAGCACUCCUCAGGGCAAUGCACAGACGUGAUGGACAAACAGUCUUUCUGUGCUGCUGGAAACACUCUCAUCAAUGUGAAAAUGAUAGGGAUCUUAUACACUAAUAAUCUUACUGACAUCAAUAUUCUUCUGUGUUUAAACAUGUUUUUGUUCACAGAGCUGGGCAAUAACUGAUUACAUGUAAUCUGGAUUAAUCAGGGCUGCGUUUCCCAAAAGCAUCGUAAAUACAUCAUAAACCCAUUGAAACCAAUGGAGCUACGAUCCACUUAAGCUUACAAUGCUUUUGGGAAACGCAGCCCAGAUUCCAAAAAUUGAGCACUUGUACUCUCUUAAAAAUAAAGGUGCUUCGAAAGGUUCUUCACAGUGAUGCCACAGAAGAACCAUUUUUUGGUUCCACAAAGAACUAUACAGUCAGAGGUUAUUUUAAAGAACCAUCUCUUUCUUACCUUUUUAUAAUCUGAAGAACCUUCUUUCCACAAAGAACCUAUAGUGAAACAGUAAGGUUCUUCAGAUGUUAAAGGUUCUUUAUGGAACCAUUUAGACAAAAAGGUUCUUCUAUGGCAUCGUGAAACAUUUUUAAGAGUUUAAUUAGAUUAAAUUACAUUUUACAAUACUCAUAAUCAGACUACAGGUACUUUUUUAUGGAUUACAUGAUUACAUGUUAUUUACACAAUAGCUAUAUUUAUUGAUUCUCUAUAAUUCCUCUUUUCCAUCUUUUAAAUGUUCCUUUCUAAAAUAGUCUACUGCUUACUGUAUAUACACUCAGAAAUUCUUCCAGUUUUGUGGACGUUCACAGAGAUCAGACAUUAAUCAGGUGCUACACAUUUGACCACUGGAUUUAGAAAAAAAUCAUUUCAAGUUUAAGACGUUUAAACAUUGCAUCAACUACUGAUGAACACAUUAAUUUUUAUUUGACUUAUCACUCAGUAGGUUAUUUAACCAUGUAUUACUAUAGCUUUGGGAGGCUUGUCUUUCAAACACAAUAAAAUGCACAAAUUCACAAACCUUUCACCUAAUAUAGUUUCUUGAAGUACCCCUGAGAUUUUAAAUAAAUAUUUUAAUAAUAAAGUAUCACAUUUGCAUGUUCAUGGUUCUCAGACAUUGGAUGUGGUCACAUGACAUGCAUUGAUUUUAAAAUGAUUUAUUUUCAUUUAACAAUUAUAUGAUUUAAUUAAUUAUUAGCUUAUCAUUAAACUCACAAACCCCCCUGUAGUUUCUUCACAAACCCAGUUUGGGAAACCUUGACGUAACAAUGUUUAAUUCACUUCAUCUUUUUAACAACAAUGAAUGGAAUAUAUUCUUAAUCUUUGUAUUUUUAUAUCAAUAUGGUACACCAUUAUCCUACUUAUUUUUCACAUUGAUUUGAGAUAGGUCAAAAGUAAUCAAAAAGUAAUCAAAAAGUAGCCUUAUUAAGAAGAUUAUAUUACCUAAAAUGUGUACAACUACAAUUUUUGUCAUGUAAUUUGGAAUCAGUAACGGAUUACAAUUUGUAUGUAAUCUGCCCAGCUCUGUUCAUGCUGUUACAGCUACAUUGUUGAAUCAAAUGUUUUAUUUUAUGUCUAUAUCUUUUAUUCAAACCUACAAUGACUGGCUAGUUGAUGUAAGGGUGCCAACAGAAUUCUGUCUUAAAGUGUAGCUGGAAAACUCAUACCUCAGAGUCAGUCAUUGGGGUAACAUUUAUUUUGAUAGUCCAUUUAGACAUUCAACUAACUUUUAUUAAUUUUGCAACUACAUGUCAACUAGCAGUCAUCAGAACCGUUGCAAGGGCUGUGUGACGUGUGCGAC